AAAAUAAAGAUUUUUUUUUUUUAUAAAUAUGAUAAAAAUAAUAAAAUACUUGCUCACAAAACAAAUUGUAAUGAAACUUGUGACUAUUUCCAUUAAAUACCGUUGAGAUAUGAGCAUCCGACAUCACUCUGACUGUUCAACAAACUGACAAAAUCACUCCGCAUUUAUGUAUGGUGUUUUGUUUAUAUGUUGCUUGGCAACAGUCCGCUCAGUGGGAAUUUAUUUUUGUUGCCGGAAGCAAUUUCAUUCGUUUAUAUGAUUAAAUAAACAAACAAAUCACAAUCUAUUGUCAAUUAUUAUUAUUAACAGUACAUUUUACUAGUAUAUAUUUUGCUUUAUACUGUUGUAUAAAGCAAUAUCACACUCGAGGGCGCAAUGUUGUCGCUCUAUAUGAUUGGCCGCCGGCCGGCAUCGUGUGUCAUGCCGGCGUCGUUUGCAAAAUGCACGCACCCAUAGUAUAUCUAUAGCGCGCACGGUAGUGACGUUGAACUUCUUCGGCAGCAACAGUUAUAUAUCCGUUGGAUAUCCAUUUAGGAAUGGAUAUCCGAAAAUGGUUAAAAAAGAACACAGCAGAAGACAUUAACCGGAGCAGGGAGGAGGAUGGAGACAAUGUGGGUCACGCGGCAGCCGGAACAGUUGACGUUACUUUGGCUUCUGUCAACGUCAGCUCUAUAACCGUUGUGGAGGCUAGCACUAGCAACGCCAGCUCAAUCCUGCCCGACUCGCUGCCUUUGCCUGCGCCGCCCUCACUCCCGGACAAGCAGCCUUCGGCUUCGACACUGCCACCCGUUGGCGGCCCGCAAGUGCCAGGGGAUCUCGGAUCAACACAGCCUACCCAGGUAUUUCUUAAAACAUAUCCGACUCGCCUGUACAGUGGGGUAAAGCGGUCCUUUUGCAGCUCGUGGUUUGCUGCUAGAGAAUGGCUAGAGUAUUCGUGUGAGAAAGAUUCAAUUUUCUGCUAUGCCUGCAGAAACUUUGGGUCAAAUAAAAACAGCACCGAUGCUUUCACCAUGACUGGCUACAACAACUGGCGCCAUGCUCUUGUACGUGGAAAGGGGCUGGGAAGGCACGAGUCCAGCAAAGAGCACAUGAAGUCAGUGGCAUUGUGGAAGGAGAGGCGUACAAGGAGUGUGACUGGUACAGAGAUCUCCACACUUGUAAAUACAGCACAACUGGAGAGGAACCGCACCUAUGUAGCAGCUAUUGUUGACAUCAUUCAAUUUAUAGCUUUAAACCAGCUGCCUUUUCGUGGCUCAGAUGAUGCUUUGGAUGCAAGAGGUGAGGUGGGCAGUGGCAUUUUUCUUGCAUUGAUGGACUACACCCUUAAAAAGGACAAGGACCUUGCUAGGAUUUUUAGCACCAUCCCUGCGAAUGCCACAUACACAUCACAUCACAUCCAAAAUGAAAUUAUUGAAAUCAUGAGAACAAUCAUCACAGAGGAAAUAGUGAAAGAUAUAGGAGAGGCUUGGUACACAUUAAAGGUUGAUGGCACCAAAGAUCCCACUGGCUGCGAAAAUAUAUCCAUAGUGCUUCGCUACGUGGACACAAGCAACACUGUAAGGGAGCGACUUGUCUCAAUGGCCACUACCAAACAAUGUGAUGCCAAGUCUCUGACUCAGCUGGUUUUGGCACAGUUGAGAGACAUUGGGCUAAAUACAGCGAAGGUGCUCAGUCAGUGUUACGAUGGGGCAAGUGUCAUGUCUGGAGUACACGGAGGGAUGCAGAAAAUCGUGCAGGAAGAAUUGCAGAGAGAGGUGCCAUACGUACACUGCUUUAAUCAUCAGUUGCAUUUGGUUGUGGUGCACGCCAUGUCUUCUGAUUUCGCACUGGAAAACUUUUUCAGUGUAUGCACCUCACUCUACAAGUACUUCAAGAAACCUACAGUGGCUGCAGUGUACACGGGCGAGAAGUUGAAGAGGUUGCUUGAGCAACGGUGGACAGGCCACCUGGCCACAGUGACGGUGAUCCUGAAAUCAAUUGAUAACAUUGUCCACUUGCUUCGUGGGAUCGAAGGCUCCCAAACCAGUGCAGCAGAGGUGCGAAUGGAGGCCACAGGGCUUUUGAAGGCCAUUACCCAGCCCAGCUUCCUGUUCAUUGCCUGCAUGACGCAUCAAAUAUUGAGUUUGCUUGAUCCUCCCAACACUGCACUCCAAGCCAAAUCCACAGACCUCUACACUGGUGUCAGACUGGUCCAAAGUGCCUUGGCGUGUGUUGAGAAGCUGAGAUGUGAUACUCAGUUUGACACAUUUUGGGAGAAAUUCUCUCAAGACAGACAGACCUCAGAACCUCCUGCAGCAGCACCCCCACAGAAACGACCAAGAAAUUUGAGCCACUUGAGUGACUAUGUGGUGGACACCACAGUUGGUCACCGUCAAAAGGAAGCGGAAGAGAGGACUGGGUGUAAAAGACUGUAUUUCAGUACAUUGGAUGCUGUAGUGGGAGAGAUUAAAGCAAGAUUCAGCAUAAGAAACAGCCAACUGGUGCAGGCCCUCUGCACCUUACACCCAGGGAGUGAAGAUUUCCUGAACACAAACAAAGUGAGACCACUGCUUGACCUAACAGGCACAGAGAUGAAGGAAGCUGAGUUUGCUGUAGCACAGCAGUUUCUGCAGGACGAAAUGGCCAAAUCAAAUGAAAACUGGACUACACAGGACAUUUUGAUACGAUACUGUGAGCCUCUAGCAGCCAUGCCUACUGUGCUAAAAACACUCAAGCUGAGCCUUACCUUCGGUGCAUCAACUGCAACAUGUGAAAAUUCAUUUUCAACUCUCAAAAAUGUGUUCAGUGAACACAGAAGGAGCAUGCUCCACAAAAGAAAAGCCUGUCUCAUCCAGAUUGCUGUGGAGAAGGACCUCACCAAGAAGUUAACUGGAGAGUGGAAAGAGACGCUGCUAAGAAGAUUCAGCACAGCUUCAAGGAGGCUGCAGCUCUUCUGAGGGAUCCUGUGCCCCCUGGUGGAUCAAGUGUGCCCCUGUCUUGGAACCUGGGACAGUUUGAGAAAAUGGCUGCUGACAGCCUGAUGUCUACAUACUGGUAGUUGUUACAAUUUGAAUGACAUUGUAAAAUUAUUUGUUCAUAUAUGUCAACAACAGCUUCUUUUAUUAAUGUAUUAAAUGUAUUAUGUUCAUAAGAACCCAUAUUUCUUUUUAUUGUAUUUAUUUACUGUUAUGUUAACUUUAAGAAUUAUACUGAUUACUUUUUGGACAAAGUUCAAAAUCUGAAAGUGUUCUUUCCUUGUUCAGCUAAAAUCUGUUUUAUUUUUAAGUGGCAAUGUAAAAUUAUUUGUUAUGUCAAAUAUCCUGCCCCAAUUUAUAAAAAAUAAACGUUAUUUUUGAAUUGCAGUCACAUGUUUUUUUUUUUGUGUAGAAUUCUGUUCUUUUUUACAACUCACACAUCACACAUAUCAAAAACCUAUCUCAUAUUCAAAGCUAUCUAAGAUAUCAAUAAGCAAAUGUUGCAGCUGAAAUGUUCUCCACAUCACAAGACAUGAUAUGAUACCAUCUUUUAAGCACAGUAAUUGUUUGUUGUCUCAACAUGUCAGUAGAACUACACAGAAGUGCUUGUCUAUGGUAGAAAGGCCUGUGUGUAAAAAAGCGAAGUCUGAACUGAAGCUGGGUAGCUGGUUUGUAUAGUACUGGUGCACCCCCUGUAAUC